AUGGAACAAAAAUCAAAACUCGAUCCAAAUCUCACUGCGCGAAAUCUCCUGUCGAUUCAACGCAUUGAUCCGUGUGCGGUCGCGAUUCUUGACAAGACCACACAUGCUGCCAAAUACAAUUUCGAUAUGGUUGAGAAGGCCUGGACAAAAACACACAUCGAAGGAGCGCUUUUUAUUAUUCAGAGAGCUGAUAAACCCUAUUAUAGGUAUGGUUUUAUAUUUAGGUUCAUCUGUUUCUCACUACAGCUGAGCACUUUAAAGCUGACUGUAUGCUUGGCUUUUACUCGCUGA